AUGAAGGUUCUAGUAUUACUUUUAAAGGGUUUUGAAACAAUGGAGUUCUCUGUAUUUGUCGAUGUUAUUGGAUGGGCAAGAGAGGAUGAUGACGCUAAUGAUUGUAAUAUUAAAGUCGAAACAUGUGGGUUAAAUAAGCAUGUUACAAGUACAUUUGGAGUCCCAGUUAUUGUUGAUAAACUAUUGGACGAAAUCAACAUCGAUGAAUAUGAUGCAUUAGCAUUACCAGGUGGUUUUGAAAGUUAUGGAUUUUACGAAGAAGGUUUUACAGAUAAGGUUUCACAAUUUAUAAGGGAAUUUUAUAACAAAGAUAAAAUAAUUGCAUCAAUUUGUGUAGCUGCAUUGAUUUUGGGUAAAAGCGGAAUUUUAAAUGGUAAAAAAGCAACAACAUAUAGAUUAAGAGAUGGCCAUAGACAAAAGCAAUUAGAGGCAAUGGGCGGCAUCACAGUUUUAAAAGAUCAACCUAUAGUUGUAGAUGGUAAAAUAAUAACAUCAUACAAUCCUCAAACUGCACCACACGUCGCCUUUAAACUCUUAGAAUUAUUGACCUCAACAAAAAAAAUGAAUACAAUUAAAUAUUUAAUGGGUUAUUCAGAUGAAGCCAAUUAA